AUGUCAUCAGUUCCUCAAUACACUUCUCAAAACCAAUCUUCGAACAACCCAAUUGAAGAAGGGGGUCCAGUUCCUGAUUUUGACGAAUCAAGAUGGGCUCAUUCAAGUGUUUCAUCAUCUGGACAACAACCUUCCCACACUUCCCAACAACAACAACAACAACACGAAUCAGCAAUUCCAUCUGGUAGUAAAAUUCCUCCUCCAAUUGGUGAAUCAAGCUCCCACUAUUCUAGUGGACCAACACCUUCGAAAAACGAAUUGCACCAAGAUGCCACCACUCACUCCACUUCGUCUCAUGCUGGUUCUGGUGCAGGAUUGGGUUCAAAGAACGCUACUUCGUCAUCCACCUCCUCCUCAUCUUCUUACCCAAGUGCUGCAACAUCCGCAUUGAGAUCAGAUGCUGAUCCCAACCAUCCAAUUCAUGAAGCAGAAGAUUUCUUGACUGAAUUGUUAACUUGGAAGAAUCCAGUUUACACUGGUAAAAUCUUGGGUUUGACCCUUGGUGGGUUAAUUCUCUUCAAAACAAUUGACUUGGUUCGUAUCUUUUUCAAGAUUUCUUACAUUACAUUGUUAUUUUCUGCUGGCGCUGAAUAUAUUGGUAAAGUGUUUACUGGCCAAGGUUUUGUCAGCAAUUUCUACAAGAAUUAUUCUACCUCAUUUGCUAAACCUGUCAACAAGCAUCUUUUGCCAUUAAUUGGUGAAUUGAACGUAGCAAUUGAACAUCACUUGAAUUAUAUUGUUUAUUCAAGAAAUGUUGAAACUACUUUGAAAUUUGCUGGUAUUUCAUACAUCUUUUACCAAUUAACCUCAGUUGUUUCAUUGUUUGCCUUGACCAUUAUUUCAGUUAUUUUGUUGUUUGCCGUCCCACCAGCUUAUCUUGCCAAUAAAAAACAAGUUGAUGCUUUUGUUGGUGAAUAUACUGCUUGUUUCAAACAACAAGUGAGCAAACUUGUCGAUCAAAUUCAUGAAGCAUUGAGACAAACUCCAGUUGGUCCAUAUUUGCAAAAGUUUGCCCCAAGAAGAACAGCUGGUUCAACUGUUGGUGAUUCAAAGGCAACUUCCUAUGGAACUGCUGCCGAUUCUCAUGGUGUUAAUGUUAAUGUGCCUGUUGGAUCUAGUACAUCUUCAGCUGCUACUGGUGAAGCUAACUUGAGAGAAAGAAACAUACAAAAUACUGUCAAGAGUGAAUACUAUUAG